UUUAUUGCUUCUUUGUGAAAUCGUGUUAAAUUUUAAUUUCUUUUGAUAUUCCUCGAUAUUUUAACUAAAAUUUAUAAUAAUGAAAUUAAAAAAUGUUAAUAAAUACAAAACUGAGCGACAGGGUGUGGAACCCAAAACACAGAAAGCUUCCCAGAUGACCGUGUCACAAUUGAGUGAGGAUAUUAUAUGGGAGAUUGCCUCGAAGUUUUGGUCACCCGACACAGAAGGGUCUCAUGAACCCUACGAUGCCCAACUUGUGGAUGAUAUAUAUUUAAGAGAGAUUAUGGAACACAGAAGUCCCACCCGGCGUAUUGUGAUGCUAGAGUUUAGUCAAUAUUUUGAGAAAUAUUUGUGGCCUAAUUAUAAACGUUCCACGGCUACACAUGCUCAUUUGAUGUCUAUUGUUUUUAUGGUUAAUGAAAAGUUCAGAGAACGUGUGGAGGUAUGGCCGACAUUUGAACAGCGUGCCGAAGAGUUUGCCGGAUUUUUUCGCCAUGUCUUGGAAUUGUGUCUAAAUGAAGAUAAUAAAACUUCAAUAAGAGAGAAAACUGCAUUAGUCGUAUUUUUGAAUCACUGUUUCAAUAGCAUGGAAAUAGAAUUGUGCCGCAAUCAAAUCAGACGUUUGGUGUCUUUGUCCAUGUGGUCUUGUUUGCAACCAAAACGUUUGGAACAGGAGCUUAGAGCUAUUCCCGAAUGGAGAAGAAUUUGGAAAAAGUUGCAGAAAAAAGAAAAGAACGAAAAGAAUGCGGACAUUGAAUGGGAACGUCAUUUUCUUCAAAACCUGAUAAUACAAUUUUUGCAAGUUUUGGAGCAUUUACCAUUGGAGGGUGCUGUAGAUUCCAAUACGAUUUUGUAUUGCGAACGUUUUCUGGAAUUAAUGAUUGAUUUGGAAGCUUUGCUGCCCACACGGCGUUUCUUUAACACUGUCUUGGACGAUACUCAUUUAUUGGUUCGUUCUCAGAUUAGCAAUUUGGUUCAGAGACCGGAGGGAAAAUUGUUUGGCCAGCUCUUGGAUAUGUUAAAAUUCUAUUCACGCUUCGAAAUCAACGAUGUCACAGGAGAUUCCUUAACCGACCACGAUAUGACACAAAUCCAUUAUAAGAAAAUCACCUCCCUACAAAGAGCCGCCUUUUCCAAGUUUCCCGAUUUAAGAUUAUUUGCUCUCUCCAAUGUGGCCAGCAUAGAUUCACGUGACUCUUUGGAAAAGCACUUUGGCAACUUAGACGAAAAGGCACUCAAACAAAUUGCCUCAUUUUUGAAUUUGGUACCCGAUGAAUUGCAACCACCUUUACAAUGGCAUCGUUUGGACGAGGAUUUUCUCAAGGAGUUGCUAAUAACAAGACAUGAAAAACGUUGUUCCCAAUUAGAUGCCCUCAAUGAAAUGCCCCUGUAUCCUACCGAAGAUAUAAUAUGGGAUGAGAAUAUAGUGCCCUCUGAAUAUUAUACAGGCGAUGGUUGUUUGGCAUUGCCAAAAUUAAAUUUACAAUUUUUAACUUUACACGAUUAUUUGUUGAGGAAUUUCAAUCUGUUUCGCUUGGAGUCAACCUAUGAAAUUCGUCAAGAUAUUGAGGAUGCUGUAAGUCGUAUGUUACCCUGGCAAUCGGAAGAUGGUGAUGUGGUAUUUGGUGGUUGGGCUCGUAUGGCUUUGCCUAUAGCAUCGUUUGCUGUUGUCGAAGUAGCUAAGCCCCAUAUAGGAGAAAAGAAGCCAUCUAGGGUGAGGGCUGAUAUUGGUGUUACGUUAUCGGUGCGUAAAGAGAUCAAGGAUGAAUGGGAAAAUCUGCGCAAACAUGAUGUUUGUUUUUUGGUCACAGUAAAGCCUACAAAACCAUAUGGUACUAAAUAUAAUCCUCGGGAACCAUUUAUACCACAAGUGGGUUUAGUUUAUGUGCGUGGUUGUGAAGUGGAAGGUAUGUUGGAUGCUAAUGGUCGUGUUAUAGAAGAUGGCCCCGAUCCUCGUCCCCAGUUGCCGGGUGAGCAAAGAACAUAUCGUGUUUGGUUGGAUUGCAAUCAAUAUCGCCAGGAUAUGGAUUCCUUGCAAGAGGGAGGAGAUGAUGUUUAUGAAAGCUUUAACAUAAUAAUGAGACGCAAACCGAAAGAAAACAAUUUCAAAGCUGUUUUAGAAACCAUUAGACAUUUAAUGAACACAGAGUGCGUGGUACCCGCUUGGUUGCAUGAUAUUUUAUUGGGCUAUGGAGAUCCAAGUGCUGCCCACUAUUCCAAAAUGCCAAAUCAAGAACGUGAUUUGGAUUUCAAUGAUACUUUUCUAUCCUAUGAACAUAUUGUCGAAAGUUUUCCCGAUUAUGCGAUAAAAUGUGAUAUUGCCGAGGAACAACGUAGUGCACCUUUUCGUUUGAUAUUUGAAGAUGUUGCAGAGAAAAAAGAGGAAUCAGAAGAUGAUAAAGAAAGUAAAGAUGAGCCAGAGGAGCUAUGUAAAUCGAUUGUUGUGCAACCGUAUAAAUUCGAGAAUCGUGGUCCCUAUUUGGGUAACAAACCUAAGCAAAACUCCAUACGCUUUACACCCACUCAAAUUGAAGCCAUACGUGCUGGUAUGCAACCAGGCCUGACGGUAGUUGUAGGUCCUCCUGGUACCGGUAAGACCGAUGUCGCAGUUCAAAUCAUUUCCAACAUCUAUCACAAUCAUCCCAACCAACGCACGUUGAUUGUAACCCAUUCCAAUCAGGCCCUUAAUCAACUGUUCGAAAAGAUUAUGGCUUUGGACAUCGACGAAAGACAUUUACUGCGUUUGGGUCAUGGUGAAGAGGCUUUGGAGACCGAGAAAGAUUUCAGUCGUUAUGGUCGUGUUAAUUAUGUUUUGGCCAAACGUCUGGAUUUAUUGCAGCAAGUACAAAAACUUCAAGAAUCUUUAGGGGUACGAGGUGAUAAUGCCUACACUUGUGAAACGGCCGGAUAUUUCUAUCUUUACAAUGUCAUGGCCAGAUGGGAGAAAUUUCAAACACAAGCAGCUGCUGUGGAGAAAAACGAAGAUGCCAGUGUUUGGCGUAAAGUGUUUGAAGAAGAAUUUCCUUUCAACAAGUUCUUUGAAGAUGCUCCUCAACCUUUGUUUAAGGGUGACAAUUAUGAGGAUUAUAUGAAUAUCGCCAAAUCCUGCUACCUUUUCAUUUCGCAUAUAUUCACAGAACUGGAAGAGUUUAGAGCUUUUGAACUUUUGCGCACUGGUCUGGAUCGUUCCAAGUAUCUUUUGGUCAAGGAGGCAAAAAUCAUUGCCAUGACUUGUACACAUGCUGCCUUAAAACGCAAAGAAUUGGUUAAUUUAGGUUUCCGUUAUGAUAAUAUCCUAAUGGAAGAAUCUGCUCAAAUUCUAGAGAUAGAAACAUUUAUACCCCUGUUAUUACAAAAUCCUAUGGAUGGUUUUAAUCGCCUUAAGCGUUGGAUUAUGAUAGGAGAUCAUCAUCAAUUGCCACCGGUGAUUAAAAAUAUGGCCUUCCAAAAGUAUUCCAAUAUGGAACAGAGUCUCUUUACAAGACUUGUGCGUUUAGGUGUGCCCACAGUUGAUUUGGAUGGUCAAGGUCGUGCUAGAUCUAGUAUUUGUUCUCUGUACAAGUGGCGCUAUAAGAAAUUGGAAGAUUUGCAGCAUAUUUUGGACACUCAAGAAUAUCGCCGUGCCAAUGCUGGUUUAUUGCAUGACUAUCAAUUGGUAAAUGUGGAUGACUUUAAUGGAGUUGGAGAAACGGAGCCUAAUCCUUACUUUUAUCAGAAUUUAGCUGAAGCCGAAUACAUAGUGGCUGUUUAUAUGUAUAUGCGUCUUAUUGGUUACCCAGCGGAGAAGAUUUCCAUUUUAACUACUUAUAAUGGUCAGAAACAUUUGAUUAGAGAUGUCAUCAAUGGCCGGUGCGGCAAUAAUCCCUUAAUUGGCUGGCCCCACAAAAUCACCACCGUAGAUAAAUACCAGGGUCAACAAAAUGAUUAUAUAUUAAUAUCAUUGGUGCGCACGAAAGCUGUAGGUCAUAUCAGAGAUGUCAGACGUUUGGUGGUGGCCAUGAGUCGUGCCCGUUUAGGUUUAUAUAUCUUUGGCAGAAUGGGAUUAUUCAAAAAUUGUUUGGAAUUGCAGCAAACAUUUAAAUUGCUAACAAUGCGUCCACAAAAACUACAACUAAUUGAAAACGAAACAUAUCCCACCUCACGCAUGACCAACGGCCAACCGGAAGAGAAGGUUAUUACCAUAAAUAAUAUGACACAUAUGACCCAAUAUGUUUAUGAAAUGUAUAUGAAAAAAUUGGAAACCAUUAAAGAUCAAAUGCCCAAUACAGCUGACACAGAGAUCUACAGUGAGUUACCUAAAGAAGAUGAGACUGGCAUGAACGUAGCCGCUACAGAAACAGAGUUCGAAGUUAUAGAAAAACAACCAACCGCAAAACGUGCACCAAAAGAAAGUUCGGCGAAAAAGGCAGAACCAAAAGUAUUUAAACCUACGCCCAUAGUUAAUGAAGUUUCCGAGGAAACUGAAAUUGAGGAGGAAGCCGAAACGCCCACAGAAGAACAAGAUCCGGAAGCAGCAACAAGUAGUGAAGCAAAAGAAUAAUCAAUAUUUUUAUUAAUUUUACGAUUUUCUAAAAAAUAUAAUAAAAACUUAUCAAAGAUACAAGA